GAGGGCGGCGCCUGCGUGUUCCUCCGCCGCGCGCCCCGCCUCCUCCCGGGCUCCUCGCGGCGAUCCCGACUCUCCUCCCGCGGCUGCAGCAGCUGCCGGUUGCACACGGCCUCGGCGGCGGCGCGGCGGGCGCGGGCCUGUGGAGCGGCGGCCGGGCGCGCGGCCCCGGCGGGCACCCCUCCGAGGGCGGCCGAGGAAGCUCCGGGAGGAGGAGCAGGACCACGAGGAGGUGGGAGGCGGCGGCCGCCUGGGGACCCGCUCGGCGCCUCGGCCUCUCCGCCCCCUCCUCAGCCUUUCUCUCGCCCUCUUUUCUCACACUCCCGGCCGGCGCCUCGGCUUUGUGCGAGGAGAUGUUGUAGCCCCUGGCCGUCGAAGGAGCCGGACACUUGUCUCCCGUCUCCGAGCUGCUCCCCGCCCCUGGAGGAGAGACCCCCUUCGGCUCGGCGCCUCCCGCGUCUCCCGGCUGCUGGGGAAGCCUCUGCGCCGCCGGCACCAUGAGUGAACAGAGUAUUUGUCAGGCAAGAGCUGCUGUGAUGGUUUAUGAUGAUGCCAAUAAGAAGUGGGUGCCAGCUGGUGGCUCAACUGGGUUCAGCAGAGUUCAUAUCUAUCACCAUACAGGCAACAACACAUUCAGAGUGGUGGGCAGGAAGAUUCAGGACCAUCAGGUCGUGAUAAAUUGUGCCAUUCCUAAAGGGUUGAAGUACAAUCAAGCUACACAGACCUUCCACCAGUGGCGAGAUGCUAGACAGGUGUAUGGUCUCAACUUUGGCAGCAAAGAGGAUGCCAAUGUCUUCGCAAGUGCCAUGAUGCAUGCCUUAGAAGUGUUAAAUUCACAGGAAACAGCCCAGAGCAAAGUUACUGCUACCCAGGACAGCACUAAUUUGCGAUGUAUUUUCUGUGUGUUCUAUUUAGGGCCAACAUUGCCUAGACAGAACUCACAACUACCUGCCCAAGUUCAGAAUGGCCCAUCCCAAGAAGAAAUGGAAAUUCAAAGAAGACAACUACAAGAACAGCAACGACAAAAGGAGUUGGAGCGGGAAAGGCUGGAGAGAGAAAGAAUGGAAAGAGAGAGGUUGGAGAGAGAGAGGUUAGAAAGGGAAAGGCUGGAGAGGGAGCGACUGGAACAAGAACAGCUAGAGAGAGAGACGGGAGCGGCAGAACGCCUGGAGCGGCAGGAACGCCUGGAUCGGGAGAGGCAAGAAAGACAAGAACGAGAGAGGCUGGAGAGACUGGAACGGGAGAGGCAAGAAAGGGAGCGACAAGAGCAGUUAGAAAGGGAACAGCUGGAAUGGGAGAGAGAGCGCAGAAUAGCAAAUGCUGCUCCAUCUUCAGACAGCUCCCUGUAUAAUGCUCCACUUCCUGAGUAUUCCAGUUGCCAGCCUCCUUCAGCACCUCCUCCAUCAUACGCUAAAGUCAUCUCAGCUCCAGUGUCAGAUGCCACUCCUGAUUAUGCUGUAGUGACUGCUUUGCCACCUACUUCCACACCCCCUACACCACCACUGCGACACUCAGCGACACGUUUUGCAACAUCUUUAGGUUCAGCCUUCCACCCUGUUCUUCCCCAUUACGCUACAGUUCCUCGUCCUCUGAACAAAAACUCUCGACCUUCUUCUCCUGUGAACACACCCUCUUCUCAGCCUCCAGCUACGAAGCCCUGUGCCUGGUCUACUUCCAAUUUUUCGCCCCUCCCUCCAUCUCCUCCAAUAAUGAUUAGCAGCCCCCCAGGCAAAGCUACUGGUCCAAGGCCUGUCCUCCCUGUUUGUGUUUCUUCUCCUGUGCCCCAAAUGCCUCCAUCACCGACAGCACCCAAUGGGCUGGUUGACUCUGUAACAUAUCCAGUGUCUCCACCGCCUACCUCAGGGCCAGCAGCUCCUCCACCGCCGCCUCCACUGCCUUCCCUCGCAUCACUGUCACACUGUGGAUCUCAAGCUUCUCCUCCUCCAAGCACCCCUAUUACCUCAACUCCCUCAUCCAAGCCUAGUGUUCUCCCUUCUCCCUCUGCAGCUGCCCCUGCCUCUGUUGAGACUCCUCUAAACUCUGUGCUGGGAGACUCUUCUGCUUCUGAGCCAGGCUUGCAGGCAGCCUCUCAGCCGGCCGAGACUCCAGCCCAACAGGGCCUUGUCUUGGGAGCAGUUGCACCUCCACCUCCUCCACCACUCCCACCAGGGCCUGCACAGGCUUCAGUAGUACUCCCUCCUCCCCCAGGGCCCCCUCCACCUCCUCCACUCCCAUCCACUGGGCCUCCACCACCCCCUCCUCCCCCUCCUCUCCCUAAUCAAGUACCCCCUCCUCCUCCACCACCUCCUGCCCCUCCCCUCCCUGCAUCUGGAUUCUUUUCGGGAUCCAUGUCAGAAGACAAUCGCCCAUUAACUGGACUUGCAGCUGCAAUUGCCGGAGCAAAACUUAGGAAAGUGUCACGGAUGGAGGAUGCCUCUUUCCCAAGUGGAGGGAAUGCUAUUGGUGUGAACUCAGCCUCAUCUAAAACAGAUACAGGCCGUGGAAAUGGACCCCUUCCUUUAGGGGGUAGUGGUUUAAUGGAAGAAAUGAGCGCCCUGCUGGCCAGGAGGAGAAGAAUUGCUGAAAAGGGAUCAACAAUAGAAACAGAACAAAAAGAGGACAAAGGUGAAGAUUCAGAGCCUGUAACUUCUAAAGUCUCUUCAACAAGUACACCUGAACCAACAAGAAAACCUUGGGAAAGAACAAAUACAAUGAAUGGCAGCAAGUCACCUGUUAUCUCCAGACGGGAUUCUCCAAGGAAAAAUCAGAUUGUUUUUGACAACAGGUCCUAUGAUUCAUUACACAGACCAAAAUCCACACCCUUAUCACAGCCCAGUGCCAAUGGAGUCCAGACGGAAGGACUUGACUACGACAGGCUGAAGCAGGACAUUUUAGAUGAAAUGAGAAAGGAAUUAGCAAAGCUAAAAGAAGAGCUCAUUGAUGCAAUCAGGCAGGAACUGAGCAAGUCAAAUACUGCAUAAAGAAACAGACUAAGGAGAGAUAGGACUUUAAUUUGAAGAAAAAAAAAAUCCUACAAACAACAACUGUUCACAACAGCAAACCCCUACAUUUUAUGAGCUGUAAGAAGAAAAUGGAGACAAACAGGAGGAGGGAAAAACCAGCCUACUCUGAAAGCCUUCAGACAUUAUGACUCUGGCGAUAAGCUCUUUCCCUCUCAGUUUGCUGCUUUUUUCUGGCCUUUACAACAGAAUGGAAGAGAAUCAUAUAAGAGUUCCUGUAACAGUUAUGCAGAAAAUACUAAAACCCAUCAGGCAAGAUCAUUGCUCAUUGAAAUAUUUUCAUGUCAAGAUAAAAUCGCACAUUUUCCGCAAUUCGUUGCUAAAAUAAAGAGGAGAAAGGCUUAGGAAGUUUUUUUGCAGAGAGUGCUGAUGAAGAAUUGAGUACGUUUGCUAUUGUAUUGUAAUGUUUCUCUCAGGUUUGUUCUUCCUAUCAUGUUUGAUAUUCCAUGAAUAAUUGAGAUCAGCCCUGUGUAAGUUAAGAUCGUAAUAUGCGGAACAAAUGGAAUUGUAAGUGCUUUCAAAGGUUAAUAUUUAUAAGAAAGUGUCCUAAAAAUGAUUUGUUCAGCUUGAGGAAUUUUAGAAUGAUAGGAAGUCUCUCGAGUUAGCCUUCAUGCAAUUUUGUAGAUUAAAACAUAAAAUUUGUCCAGAAUUUAAAGAUUUAGAUGCCUUCCUAAAUUGUUACAAUGCUUUACCAAAUCUAUGACUUCUACAUAACACAAACCAGUGGUCAAAUGUAAACAAUAUAUUGUAGAUUUACUGUAGGUUUUCAACCUUUUUUAGAUUUAUGCAUGUGGACAUUUUUAUAAUGUAAUUACAAUCACCACAAAGUUAGCUUUUUUAAUCGCAGACAGUAAUGCAUGUCACACUAAUAUGUAGUGGCCUUUUCAAGGCCUAGUCCCAGGGAAAACAUUUUGUAGAAUAUAGGGGAGUGGGAGGAAGGGGAGGAAUAAUUUUUUAUUUAAAGUUGAUUUCUGCAUUAUCUUUUUCUCAAUUACCUGCAUGAAUAAUAAUAAUGAGGAAUAUUUUGUGACUUUAAUUGGUAAAUAUGUUACAAAACCAAGUACUUAAUCUUUUACAUCAUGUCUUCAGCUAUUUGUAUUUUAACCAGUAAUUUCAAUGGUCUGAAACAUGAUUCUGAGCUUCACAUAACAUCUUACUGUGAAACUCAAAAGUUUGAUCACUGAAUUUGGCAGUUAUUAUUACCUAGGUACCCCUGCUGUUACACAGGUGUUUAGAUACAUGUUCCUGAAUGAAGCUGCUUUUGAAUUUUGUUAUGUUGAAAUACAAGAAAUAACAAUGAGGGCAGCAAUUAAGGUCACAGAAAUUAUUAGGUAAAGGAAAACCAAUGAGGAAUUCUGCAGUUUUCUUUUAAUAAGUGAAGUGGGACUUGGGUGGUGGGAAGAAGGAAUUAGAUACUCUACCCGCCAUCCUGCGUGUGUGUGCACUUGGGCACGUGCUGUCUAGAUGUAAGCCACUCCCUUUUCUUUCCUUUGAAACUGAUGAGGUUAAAAUAGGGGAGAAAUCCUAUAUAUUGCAAUGAUAGCUUUCUGGAAAAUUUAAGAAAUCAUACUCUCCAGGCUCUCCUUCCUGAUUUAUGCUUGAGUCGUUAUGUGCCAUAUUUGCUUUGAACUCUGAUUAUCAGAAGUUUUACUAAAAUUUUGAAGAAAUAAUUCACUUUCAUCUGCUUUCCAGAUUUUGUACGUCUCAGUUCAUAAAGCAAAGCUUGUUGAUAAUGUAGUUUUCCAAAUGCUGCAGAUCUGCAGCCAUUACCACUGCAAAGAUGUUUGUUUGGAUGAGGGAUUUUUUUUUUCUUUGUUAAAAUAGUUCCUGUUUCUGUAGAAAUUUCAUUUUUAGAUUAAACUGUGAUGGAUGAGCUGUCAUAAUUCAAGUAUACAUUUCUUUUUUCUGUCAGAUAGGCAUUGUCAUGCAGUAGCAGUAAAAGCAUCAGAGGCACAGCAAGCUUAUGCAGUUCUGUUUUCUAAAAGAAAUAGGAGGCAUUUUCAUCUUUAUUAUUGUACUUUUGGUUAUGCAAACACUUUGAUAAUAUAAAGUUACAUCCCCUAUAAAUCUGGUCAGAAACCUCUUUUGAUUUUGUUGGGUACAUUAACUAGUCUGUAGUAGGUAGAGUACUGGGUACAAGUGGUCCAAACUAAGAUAAGAGACUAAAAUAAAAUGCUAAAUCUUAAACUGGGUUUAUGCACUAAACGUUUUGUGCCUUGGUCUAAUAUUAACAUGAUGUCUGUGUAAAAGGACAAAAAGAACCAGUGUUGAAUCACGCUAUAUUUUCCAUCAUCCCAGAUUGCUAAAUGUGUUCUUUCCAAGAAGUCUGAACGAAUUAUUAUAUACAUUUUCUGUCAUGUACACAUGACAGUUGUGUCAUUGUUAGAGAUUUCAGUAAUUAAAAUGGGAAACAGAAGCUUAAGUUAUUUUCCUUAUCAAAAAUAUGUUCCUUGGAACCACAUUGUUAUGAUGGUUUUUGUGCUCUUGUACAUUGGAUGUCUUAAGCUAAGUACAGUUUAGGGGAUCCUUUCUAAUUAAUUACAGGAAGGUACUGCUUUCCUCAACACUGUGAUCUGACCUGUGACAAAUCUGUACUAUACACUAUGUAAAUGGCUAACAAGUCAAUUGCAAACAAACUGAAUGUACAAAUCUUAGUGCUGGUGCUGAAAUCUCUUCAGAAUAGUUAUGAUUUAAAAGUUUGUUUAUAAAUUUGCAAGCAUCAAGUGUCAAUCAAAACUGAAGAUGAAACACUAAUGAAUGUUGAAUUCUCAUGCUUUUAGGUAUACUUCCUUUUUAGAAUUUUCAGUUUUCUGCUAUUUUUACCGUAACUAUUUCGUUUAAAUUUGUUUCACUUAAAUUUCCUACACGCUAACUUCGUUUGUGCGAUUGAAAUAAAAUUGCAGUAUAUAUA